AUGAACAAUCCAAACCAGCAAUCCGAUGUCCGAUCAACUGACAACGAGUCCUAUUGGCUUGAAGUCUUCUCUCCUUCUCGGGAUUCGUUUCUAAAAGCAAGGUUCGACAGUCCAUAUGAUAUCACAGACGAGAUAUGUUAUCAGGACACCUCGAGCGUCGCAGCAACGACGAUCGAAAGCCAUACCAGACACGCGUGCCUGCCAGCUCCGAAAGUCCCCGGAGACGAAUGCAUAACUCGAGAUGUUUCGAUAGCUAAGCAUUCCACUAGCCAUCAUGCCCCUAUUGGUAUCGUACUACCGCCAUCCGAGUUGGUGGAUAGCUCACAAACGUUGAACGAAGCUCUUGCGUGUUUCUCGAGCAAGGCGCCGGUAGAGCAUGUCAUUACACAGCUACAACCACGCCACCGAGUUCUUCCAGUGUCUAGCGUCUUCACACAUCGAUCUCCGAAAUUCACAGCGGCCCUACCAGCACCAAGAAAUUCUGAUCGAGCGCGGUGUAUUCGCUGUAUCGUCCAGAAAAAGAAGUGCCUGGGGAAUGAUUCCCCUUGUUUCGCGUGUUUGAGAGACCAGGUCUACAAUCUAUGUUUGAGAACUCGCCUCGAAGACAUACAGAUAUUCUCGAAAUGGAUAAAUUCCGCGUAUCGAUUUGUAGGGUCCCAUUUAAAGAAAGACAUAAAACUAUACAAUUUACAGCUCUAUCAUUUUGUUAGUGGGCCGACCCUGUCCAUGACAGUUCGAACCUUUAUCCCUUCCGGGCCUGAGGAUGUUUUAAUCUGGGGAAAGACACUUACCGGAUGGGUAUCCCUCGAAACGCUUCCCUUACUCCCGGAAUUUCUUCCAGGCCGUAUUGACGAGUAUAUCGACGAUUGUUUGCCAAAAUGUCUGAAAGAAUGUAAACAUCCUCUUGUGAGGGACAUUUUGAAGAUCGAAUCCGCUGGCAGUCUUCUGUCGGAGGCAUUAAGAGUCUGGACAGCUAAUCAACUUCUUAUGAAGGGGUGGCAAUCCGAUGCUAGCGCCGAAUGUAAAGAUCCCCAAAACCCGUACUACGGGAUUCGGCCAGCACCCGCUAUCGUUUCUAAAGAGCUUGAUGCUCUUCUUGAAGAGUAUAUAGCGAGACAGGAAAAGGCAUUGCUGGCAAGGUUACAACACGCAUCAGAAAAGUGUUAUCAGCACGAUAUGGAUGAAUCCUACGCACAAUACCGCGAAAAGGUUUACCUUGCGUUUCUUAUGUUGAUGUCAAUCGUGGAGCGAGAUAUAUGGAGGCUUAUGUACUGGCCAAGGCACCCACAGGAGCACUACCAAUGGCGCCACCCCCAAAGCGCACAAGAUCUCAUCAAACAGAAUAUAGCCUACGCGAAUGGCUUGUGGGUAGUCGCCCGCCGGGCUAAUCUUGCGUCGCGAAAGCUUUCAGAGCACAAUUGUAAGCUGGUCACUCCCCGUAGGAUUCUCAGCUGA